UCGGUCGCUAGUCGCGGGUGAUAACUCUGUGCGAGCAGACGUGCACGCUCUAAUCGGGUGACGCCGCGCGUUUCGAUCGCCUUAAUCGAAGUUAACGCGAUUAAAAAACGCUCCGGUCUGUGCUUUUGUGUGUAACUAAGUGGAUUCAGUGCGAAUCGAUCAUAGAUGGUGUGUGUGUGAAACUAGUUUUGUCUUACUGUGCAAUAAAUCUGGAUUUUUUCUUCUGCGACGGUUUUUGUGAUGGCGUAGCGUAAUGGAGGGAGAGUGCUCGGAGGGCGCGGAGGGCUGGCUGUUAGUGCGCGUGCACGUGCCCGAGCUCAAUGUGCAGAAGAGCCUGCAGUUCCCGCGGGAUCAGCUCGUGUGGGACGUCAAGCAGCAGUGUCUGGCAGCUCUGCCUAAGGUGGCCUCUUGGUACAGGGAGUUGAAGGAAAGCUUCAACUAUGGUCUCUUCUGCCCUCCGGUUAAUGGCAAGGCCGGCAAGUUCUUGGACGAAGAACGCCGGCUUGGCGACUACCCCUUCAACGGACCCGUUGGCUACCUUGAGCUGAAAUACAAGCGGCGAGUCUACAAGAUGCUGAAGCUUGAUGAGAAGACGCUGAAGGCGCUGCACUCACGCGCUAACCUACGGCGCUUCCUCGAGCACGUGACGCACGCGCAGGUCGACAAGAUCACCAAGGCCUGCGCCAAGGGGCUCGACCCCAACUUUCACUGCCAAGAGACGGGCGAUACACCUUUAACGAUAGCAGCUGGCCUAAAGUCACCGGGGAAGGUUUUGAUAGCAUUAGUAAAUGGAGGGGCUCUUCUAGACUACCGAACGAAGGAUGGAAGCACUGCCAUGCACAGAGCAGUCGAGAAAAACUCUCUAGAAGCGGUCAAGACGUUGUUGGAACUGGGGGCUUCUCCGAACUACAAGGAUGGGAAGGCACUGACCCCUCUAUACUUGUCAGUGACGAAUAAGACCGACCCACUGCUGUGCGAGACCCUGCUGCAUGACCACGCGACCAUUGGCGCCACCGAUCUACAGGGCUGGCAAGAAGUUCACCAGGCAUGCCGCAACGGGCUCGUCCAACACCUAGACCACCUACUAUUCUACGGCGCGGACAUGAACGGUCGCAACGCGUCGGGCAAUACGCCAUUACACGUGUGCGCGGUGAAUGCGCAGGACUCGUGCGCGCGGCAACUCCUGUUCAGAGGGUGCGAUAAGGAGGCGCUGAACUUCGCCAACCAGACGCCGUAUCAGGUGGCAGUUAUAGCAGGAAAUUUAGAACUAGCAGAAGUAAUAAAGAACUACAAAACUGACGAAGUUGUGCCGUUCCGGGGCCCGCCGCGGUACAACCCCAAGCGGCGGUCGGGCGCGUGGGGCUGGUGGGCCGGCGACCGCUCCUCGCUGGCGUCGUCCACCCGGAUACCAGAGCUGGACGCCAUGCUGCGAGCCGCUGCCUCGCCCUGCAGUCUGGAGCGGCCAUUUUCAUCAGCUUCGUCCAGCAUCAGCGACGCGAGUCAUCCAAGCCAUGAAGACGAUGCGAGCAUUGUGACAGAUAAAAGCGCGGGCGACACUAGCGACAUCAUCUCGGACUCGAGCGGCGUGGGCACGUCCAACUCCGACACCACCACGUGCUCGCUGCAGGCCGCCGCCACCACCGUGGUGUGUCUGCAGCCUUACGAGCCCUCGCAGCCCGGGCAUAUUCGGCUGAACCAGGGCGAUAUUAUUGAAGUGUCCAGCGCGACGGAUGACGGAUACCUGGAGGGCACGGUGCGCGGCUCCGGCGCCGCAGGACUCUUCCCAGCACACUGCGUGCAGGAGGUGCGCCUGAGACAGAACACGCACUUGCACCAGGUGUUAUCAUCAGGUCCAAUCCACCACUCCCGCGUAACAGGGAGACGGGAAAUGGCCCUCAGCAAAACGUACAGCGCCACCGCGCCUAGGAUAAAAAAGUCAUAUGGCAACAUGGAGACAAGGACAGUGGUGCUUCACCGCGCGAAGCGAGGCUUCGGGUUUAUUCUGCGGGGGGCGAAGGCGUCAUCGCCUCUGAUGGAGCUGCGCCCCUCGGAGCGCUGCCCUGGACUUCAGUAUUUGGAUGACGUGGACGCUGGGGGCGUGGCUGAUAGAGCGGGACUGAGGAAAGGAGACUUCUUAAUAGCUAUAAAUGGGGAAGACGUAUCGGCUGCAUCUCACGAGCACGUCGUAGAACUGAUCCGUAGUUCAGGCGCGCUCGUAUCCAUGACUGUCGUCUCACUCGCCGCAGGGACGGAGGGCGGCGCGUGCGCGGCGGGUGGCGCGCAGGCUCAGUUGUCCAGCUCGGGUCGCCCCUACGCGGCUACUUUGCCUAGAAAAGCUGCCGGCGGAAGGAGCCCUGCGCCCGCGCCGCCGAGACGCGAUCCGCGCACCACGCUGAGCGUCGGCAGAGCGAGGGCCAAGUCUAUGGUCGCUGGACUAGAAAAUGGUGGAGAAAAGGAGGAAAGUUGCGAACCUUUAAGUGUGGCUGGCAAAUCGUCAUCAGCUGAAUCAGUUCAGCUUCAUGGUGGUAGUAGUAAUAGUGGAACUCCAAUGUCUGGCACGCCCGUGGCCCCCAGAACGGCGUCGAUACGGCAAAGGCCCGCGUCGGGCCGCAUCACGGCCGCCGAGUUAGAAGAGCUCUUCCAAAGACAAGCUGAUGCUGCUCCUGACCUCGGCGGCAACAACGCGAUGAUGACGCGGUCAGCAUUCCAGGGCGGGUCCAAUUCACCGCCGUACUCGCCUGCGCGGGGCAACGGGUCCGGUCGGGUGUACGCCUCUGUGGCUGAGAUGAAGCGCUCGAGGGGCAAAGCGUGGGGCAAGGCGAACAGUACAGCGGGGGCGGUCGCGAGCGCGGGCGGUACGCUGCGGCGCGACUUCCACUCCACGCCCGACCUGGCCGCGGCGCACGCGCACCACCCGCCGCGCACGCGCUCCAGCGAGGACGUGCACGGUAGGUCCCACGCGUGGGCAAGCGGACGCACAGCGGACGCACAGCGGGCGCGGGCGGCGCGACUUCCACUCCACGCCCGACCUGGCCGCGGCGCACGCGCACCACCCGCCGCGCACGCGCUCCAGCGAGGACGUGCACGCGGGCGCGGGCGGCGCGACUUCCACUCCACGCCCGACCUGGCCGCGGCGCACGCGCACCACCCGCCGCGCACGCGCUCCAGCGAGGACGUGCACGCGGACGCACAGCGGACGCACAGCGGGCGCGGGCGGCGCGACUUCCACUCCACGCCCGACCUGGCCGCGGCGCACGCGCACCACCCGCCGCGCACGCGCUCCAGCGAGGACGUGCACGCGGACGCACAGCGGACGCACAGCGGGCGCGGGCGGCGCGACUUCCACUCCACGCCCGACCUGGCCGCGGCGCACGCGCACCACCCGCCGCGCACGCGCUCCAGCGAGGACGUGCACGUUCUGGCCGCGGCGCACGCGCACCACCCGCCGCGCACGCGCUCCAGCGAGGACGUGCACGGCCCAGCGCGAGUGCCGCCGCCGGCGCACCCGCCGCCGCCGCCGCCGGGCGCGCGCGCGUCCACGUUCCGGCCGGCGGACGCCGCCAAGCUGUACGCCGCGCCGCCGCACCGCCCGCCGCCCGCGCUGGCGUACCGCGCGCCGGGCCGCAGCGAUAGCGAGGUGCGGUUGGGCGCGCUCCGCUCGUGGGCGGGCCCGGCGCGCGCGGCGUCGGCCGACGAGCCCGCGCACUACGCGCAGCCCUUCAACGCGCACGCGCCGCUGCUCAGACAGAAUUCGACGCCAGCGCCGCCUAUCCCAGAGCCGGACUACAGCAUGUCGGAGUCGGACGAAGAAGAGCCGAAACCCAAAAGCGAACCGCCGCCGCCCGCGGAAACCAGCGCCAACAGCAACGCCAGCGGAAGCAGUUCGGGCUCCAGCUCGAUGCAGCACUCGUUCUCCGUCGACGAGAUCCAGAAGAUCCGCACGCGGCUGAAGUCGUCGCGCUCCUGCGGCGACGAGCUCGGCGCCGAGCGCGACGACGCCGACAACUCGUCGUCCGGCGUGUCGUCCGACCAGGAGGCGCACGCGCGGCCCGCCGGCGCCGCGCCGCGCCGCGACAAAGUCUCCUUCUGCGCCUCCGUCACCGUCAAGUCGUGCAACGACGUCAUCAGCACCGAGCCCGUGCACUCGUCCAGCGAGAGCCUGGCGCCGCCGCCGCCGCCGAUGCAGCGGCACAACUCGCUGACGCGGAAGCGCGCGGCGGCGGCGCUUGUGAGAGGCGCCGGCGCCGGUCGCGGUCGCUCGGCGGCGGAGCGGCUGGGCGUGGACGUGGACAAGGCGCCGGGGCGCGGGCGGCGCGGCGCCGGGCUGCUGGCCGCGCUGCCGCCGCCGCCCGAGGAGCCGGGCCCGCCGGAGCCGCAGCCGGCGCCGCUGCUGGCGCCGCCGCCGCAGUUCAGCGACCGCGUGCGCGUGGUGGCCGCGCUGCCCAAGCAGCUGGCGCGCCUGCAGUAG